AUGGUAUGCAGUCCUGCCUUAUUGCAAUUUUCACGAGGCGGAUUAAUCGAGUUCCUCCUGCCUUUUGCUGUGUGCAGUUUGUCGGAGAAUCAGUCGCUUCUGGUGAUGCCACCGUGGGCCAACUACUGGCUCCUGGGCGCCAUGAUGAUGAGCAUCGGUCUCCAUUUCUUCAUCCUUGAAGUCGACUUCCUCGCGAACGUUUUCCAAUUGACUCCGCUGUCUGUGGAAGAGUGGUUUGUGGUGUUUGAGUUUUCUGUGCCGGUCAUACUCAUAGACGAGGUAUUAAAACUUAUCGCUCGGAAAUUCACGGAUGGUAAGUUAGUCGUUAUUUCACUUUUUCACUAA